AAGCAAAAGCAAGUAAGGAACUUCUCAACAGUCUCUGCCGAUCGUUCCGACUUCGAAAUCGGAAUCAUCGUUUCUGAAACUAAAACUAUUUCUUUGAUUCAAUUUGGAGCCAGAGAGAGAGAGAGAUUUCAGAUGUUUAUACAGGAUGGUUAUACCAACGGAUAUAACGAUCAGCAUCGCUCCUUCUCGUCGUCGUCUCAGAGAGAUGUCACUUAUAGCUGUGGUUCUUGUGGGUAUGUACUAAACUUAAGUUCCUCCAAUCGGAACACCUCAAUCAUUGGAUCUAAAUAUGGAAAAUCGAUGAAGAGAGGGAUCAUAUCAUUUUUCUCAAUUGAUGAGAGCAGGUUCACUCAGAUUGAUGAGCUCCGCUGCAUACCUUAUUUCAUCACCAAGCACUCCUGGGGUUUGUUCCGUCGAAGAACAAAGAUUCUCUGCCGUAAAUGUGGGAACCAUAUCGGACAUGCUUAUGAGGCCUCUUCUUCAAGCCUCGAAUCUGAUGGAUCAGAUUUCAGCUCAGCGAAUGGGAAUUCUGUUUAUAGAAAGUAUGAUGUCAAAAUUCGUGCUUUACAACCCUCAUCCUCAGAUGAGUCUGGUGUCCCUCUGGUUAUUUGAUGUACAUUGGCAGGAUUGCUUUGUGUAUGCUGUGGCCUGCUUAAAGAACCAUCAAACAUGCAGGUAAGCUUGAAGAGCACUGUAGAAAGGUCAUCUUUAUUAUGGAAUGGAUUAUCAAGAGUCAUUAUCAUUCAUCA